GCGUCACUGCGCUUCGGGGACUCGGGCUCCAGGGACGCCGCCGGGCCUGUCCGAGCCGAGCCGAGCCUCCCGGGACGCGGCACCGAGGCGGCGGCCAUGGAGCUCAUAUCGUUUGAAGACGUGGCUGUGGAAUUCUCUUGCCAGGAGUGGCUGUACUUGGGUGCGGCUCAGCGAGCCCUGUACAGGGAUGUGAUGCUGGAGAACUAUAGCAGCCUCGUGUGCUUGGGCUUGAGAUAUGCCAGUACUUACUACAGGAAGCUAGUGGUGGCAUCUGCAGUUCACUGGGCCAAUCUGCAGACAGAACAAGGGUGGCAGAACCUUCAGAAACCACAGGAGGUCUUGGGACCAUGGCACUGUCUAAAUUACCUUCUACCUUCAGACAUAAAAUGACCUGGAUGUCCAUGACCUCACAGCUCCUGACACUACCUACUCAAGACCAUCAUAAGAG